UCACUCAUCCUCCCAAUGAACGGCCUUGGCUUUUCUUUCAUCAUACCUCUCAAACUUAUGCUACUCCCUCCUUCUUCCCUUUUCUCUCUACUAAAAAUAUAGCUCACUCAAAAUCCCUCUCCUUCUCUUUCACCCCCGUUAAAUAUUUCUUUUUUCCCCCUCACGACCUCAUAGCUUCUUUUAUCUAUUUUUUUAAAGAAAAUUGUAGCACCAGAAAAAAGAAAAACAAGACUAAAAACAAAAGUAGGAGGAAAAAAAAAUACAUAAGAGUAUUGCCAUUAAAUGCAAUAAUGGCUAUUGAUUGUAUAAGUACCAUGACUACCACAAGCAAAUCAUCCAUGCCUCGUCAUGUUUCGAAAAUAGAUGAGCAACACGACGAUCAUACGAAGCAGCUAGUUUUUGAUGCUUCGGUACUUCGAAACCAGUCGAGCAUACCCACCCAAUUCAUAUGGCCAGACGAGGAGAAGCCCUGUGCCAAUGCUCCAGAGCUCCAUGUACCGCUCAUAAACUUGGGGAGCUUUUUGUCUGGGGACCCGGCAGCAGCAAUGGAAGCCUCGCGCCUUGUUGGCGAGGCUUGUGAAAAGCAUGGAUUCUUCCUGGUUGUCAAUCAUGGCGUCGAUUCCAAGCUCGUUUCUGAUGCUCACCGCUACAUGAAUGAAUUCUUCCAAUUGCCACUCCAGAAAAAGCAGAGAGCACAGAGGAAACUAGGGGAACACUGUGGCUACUCCAGCAGUUUCACCGGUCGUUUCUCUUCGAAACUCCCAUGGAAAGAAACGCUUUCUUUCCACUACUCCGCUAACAAAAACUCCAACAACAUCGUCCAAGACUAUCUCCGAAACAAAAUGGGAGAAGAGUUCGAACAAUUGGGGAAGGUGUACCAGGAUUACUGCGAUGCCAUGAGUAAGCUUUCUCUUGGAAUCAUGGAACUUCUGGGAAUAAGCCUUGGUGUAGGCAAAGCUCAUUUCAAGGAAUUUUUCGAAGAUAACGAUUCUAUAAUGAGACUCAAUUACUACCCUCCAUGCCGAAAACCCGAUCUUACAUUAGGAACCGGACCUCAUUGUGAUCCAACAUCUCUAACCAUUCUCCACCAAGACCAAGUGGGAGGACUCCAAGUAUUCGUGGACGACGAAUGGCAUAUCAUUGCUCCAAAUUUCAACGCCUUUGUUGUUAACAUCGGUGACACCUUCACGGCUCUUUCGAAUGGAAGAUACAAAAGUUGUUUGCACCGAGCAGUGGUUAAUAGCGAAGAGUCAAGAAAAUCUCUGGCAUUCUUUUUAUGUCCAGGGAAUGAUAAAGUGGUAAGUCCACCAGGUGAGUUAGUGGACCAUUCAAACCCUCGUGUUUACCCGGAUUUCACUUGGCCUAUGUUUCUUGAGUUCACUCAGAAGCAUUACAGAGCUGACGUAAAGACCCUACAAAACUUCUCCAAUUGGCUACGACAGAACAACAACUGAGAGAGAUAAUUUUCUUUUUUAACAUAUACAAAAUCUGGGCUUCUUAUGGGAUCGAUCUCUGUCUCUCUCAAAUGCCUACAAGAAAAAAUGUUAUAAACAAAACAAACAGAAAAAUUGAUGUUGAGGAGAGUGAUGAUUGAGAUGAAGGAAAAAAGUUGGGUUUUCUUUUUUCUUUAUUUAUUAAAUUUCGAAACCACGAAAGAAGAAUGUAUUUUUAAUGUGUCAGUUUAGUUAGCUAUAUAGCUUUAGGGAUUAAAAAGGUACGACAGUGAGGUAUAUGAAACCAAUAAAAAAUGCUGGGCUCAACAACAGCUAAGUUUUGUAAUUUUUCUUCCAUAGUUUUAUUAUAUAAAAAUAUAUAGAAAGCUUA